AGCAGAGCGAGAGGCGGCCGCGGCGGGGCGGCUCGGUGGGGCGGCGCGCGGCCCAGAAGCAUUGGAAUCCUGAAUUGAGACGGCUACGCCUGAAGACAGCAGGAGUGGCGGGGCAGCCGCCGUCGCCGGAGAGAUGAGCCGGGAAGCCUGAGGCCGGAGACGCCCGCCCUCGGGCCUGUCCGCCCGGCUUCCCCGCUCCCGGUUACUGGAAGAUGAAAGAGACUAUACAAGGGACCGGGUCUUGGGGGCCUGAGCCUCCUGGACCCGGCAUAGCCCCAGCUUAUUCAAGUCCCAGGCGGGAGCGUCUUCGUUGGCCCCCACCCCCCAAACCCCGACUCAAAUCAGGUGGAGGGUUUGGGCCAGAUCCUGGGUCAGGGACCACAGUGCCAACCAGACGCCUUCCUGUCCCUCGGCCCUCUUUUGAUGCCUCAGCUAGUGAAGAGGAGGAAGAAGAAGAGGACGACGAGGAUGAAGAUGAGGAAGAGGAAGUGGCAGCUUGGAGGCUGCCCCCCAGAUGGGGUCAGCUGGGAGCCUCCCAGCGGCCUCGCCCUCCCCGCCCUGCUCAUCGGAAAACGUGUUCACAGCGCCGUCGCAGAGCUAUGAGAGCCUUCCGGAUGCUGCUCUACUCAAAAAGCACCUCGCUGACAUUCCACUGGAAGCUUUGGGGGCGCCACCGGGGCCGGCGGCGGAGCCUUGCACACCCCAAGAACCAUCUUUCACCCCAGGAAGGGGGUGUGACACCACAGGUGCCAUCCCCCUGCUGUCGUUUUGAGUCCCCCCGGGGACCACCUCCCCCCCGGCUGGGUCUGCUAGGUGCUCUCAUGGCUGAGGAUGGGGUGAGAGGGUCUCCACCAGUGCCCUCUGGGCCCCCCAUGGAGGAAGAUGGAUUAAGGUGGACUCCCAAGUCUCCUCUGGACCCUGACUCGGGCCUCCUCUCUUGUACUCUGCCCAACGGCUUUGGGGGACCACCUGGGCCAGAAGGGGAGCGGAGUCUGGCACCCCCUGAUGCCAGCAUCCUCAUCAGCAAUGUGUGCAGCAUCGGGGACCAUGUGGCCCAGGAGCUUUUUCAGGGCUCAGAUUUGGGCACUGCAGAAGAGGCUGAGCGGCCUGGGGAGAAAGCUGGCCAGCACAGCCCCCUGCGGGAGGAGCAUGUCACCUGUGUGCAGAGCAUCUUGGAUGAAUUCCUUCAAACUUAUGGCAGCCUCAUCCCCCUCAGCACUGAUGAGGUGGUAGAGAAACUGGAGGACAUUUUCCAGCAGGAGUUCUCUACACCUUCCAGGAAGGGCCUGGUGCUGCAGCUGAUCCAGUCAUACCAGCGGAUGCCAGGCAAUGCCAUGGUGAGGGGCUUCCGGGUUGCCUAUAAGCGGCACGUGCUGACCAUGGACGACCUGGGGACCUUAUAUGGACAGAACUGGCUCAAUGACCAGGUGAUGAACAUGUAUGGAGACCUCGUCAUGGAUACGGUCCCUGAAAAGGUGCAUUUCUUCAACAGUUUCUUCUAUGAUAAACUCCGUACCAAGGGUUAUGAUGGGGUGAAAAGGUGGACCAAAAACGUGGACAUCUUCAAUAAAGAGCUACUGCUAAUCCCCAUCCACCUGGAGGUGCACUGGUCCCUCAUCUCCGUUGACGUGAGGCGGCGCACCAUCACCUAUUUCGAUUCGCAGCGCACCCUGAACCGCCGCUGCCCUAAGCAUAUUGCCAAGUAUCUACAGGCAGAGGCAGUGAAGAAAGACCGGCUGGAUUUCCACCAGGGCUGGAAAGGUUACUUC